AUGUAUUCUCAAAAACACGACAAAGAAGAAAAUCAAGAAAUGACUUUACCUUCAGAUAAAUCUCAAAAUUGUGAUCAGGAUCACGAGAAUUUACGAAACGUGUUUCUUCAGAAACUGAAAAACAUUUUAACUACUAAUCAAGAAGAUGAUGUAAACUUGCUGAAAGAAAUAUUUGUGCAGGCAGAUAAAUUGAAGAAAGUAGAAAGUAAUACUGAUGCAGACAUUUCAACACAUUUGCAGGGCACCAAUAUAGUAAUUUUAGCCUGCAAACUAAAUAGACCAAAUGUUUUGAGGUAUUUCUUUUCCAACAAAGAUACAUUAUCAAGAAUAAUUGGUGGAUUUCCUCUUCCAAUUCAUGAGGAUGAGCAACACCACAAUGCAUUUUAUUAUGCUAUUCGUAAUGAUAAUGUUGAUGUUUUAAAAACUCUUUGUUUUAAAUGGCCAGGUUGUAAUUUUAGUGCAAGGUCUAAGGAAUUCAUCAUGUUGGUAUUAAAAUCCUAUCAUGAAUUAAUAUUAAAGAAUGUAGAGGUUUCUCAGGAAGUGAAAAUAUUUACUGAAAGCAUUUCAAUGUAUAAUCAUUAUCAUUCCGAAAGCUGUUGUUCCUCUUCAAAUGUUGAAGCUAUUGGAAAUAGUAUAUCUAAUGGUGAACAAAUUGAUAAGAUCAUAAAGCACAUUAAUUCCUUAGUUUCAGCAUAUAAUGGUAAAGAAAUUGAUGAUAUGUGCUUGUUAUCAAUGAAAUUUACUGCAUUUAGUUUGUCUAAUUUAGGAGAUUUUAAUUCUGUUCACUCAAAACUGCAAUGCCAGGAAAUUAUAUUUCUCUUAUUUGCAUUUAUCCAAACUAAAAUAUAUCCAUCAGACCCAAGAUUCAUAUAUUGCUCUCUCUUAACCAGAAGGAAAAUAUUGGGUUAUUUAAAUGAAUUUUCAAGUAGCUUAGCUAGAAACACAGCAGAUUUUCAAAGCCCAGAAAAAAGUAAUGUUUUAAACCUUUUACACAAUGUGAACCAGAACAAGCAAAAAUCUAUAUUUGAUGAGAUGAAUUAUGAGCAUGAUAGUAUUAAAAAUGCAUUUGUGUUAUACAACAUGAAGUGUUACUUAGAAGCAGUUGAAUCUGCAGGGACAGAGUGGGAAUACUUUUUUUUGCUCCUUACAAGAUGUUUACAAGUUCUGAGGGCAAAUGUUGUAGAAUUUCCCAAAUUAUCUCAUAUUACUUGUGAGUUUUUGUUACAAGCAGUGUCGAAAAGUACAAGGGACAUUUUAUUGUGUAAAUGCAAUCCAAAGGUGUGUGUGUCCUCAAUAUCCAAAGAUAGCAAAUGUGUAAAUGAUCUUUUCAAGGAUAUGUGCAAGCUUAAUCAUAUUCUGACCAAUAUUCUUAAUGAAACUAAAAUCCAUGCUCUUGUGAGGCUUUUGGAGAAUGUAAUUAAUGAGACCUGCUUGAAUAAUGUAAAAGAAUUUUUAGACAGAUUAGACACUGUAAUAUUAGAUGUCAUUUUGCCAAACACAGAUAUGAUAUUACUUAAACAAGUACAGAAAUUCAUUAUUCAGUUCAAUAUUUUAGUGACAGAUAAAACACUCUAUGAAGAAGAACUACUGAAUAAUAUUCAGGAGUUUCUAGAUGAUGAAAAAUCCAAUCAACAAUCAAAAAAUUUUGAGAUGGCUAUCUCAAGAUUACAAUAUUUGAAAUUUUACAUUCGGGGUAAGAACAUGACUGACGCAGAUUUUAUCCAUAUAAAGCAUACUGCUAACCAAAUUUUACUGUACUUACAACCACAAAAGGUGUGCAAGUCUGUUCAAUCCAUAAUUGAAAUGAUAUUGAAGAUAUGGUACAGCAUUGUGCCUAGGAUGCAGAAUGGGGCAAAUAAACUAUAUAACAUUAUUCUGCACAUUUUGAAAAUAACAGAACUCCAUACAGGGCAGACACUGUGGGUUAAUGAAUUGUGGAACAAACUAAACUCAAGCUAUUUCAGCAGUGAAUGUGAAAACAGAGGUGAUAUUAAUGACAUAAAAUGCAAGCAUGGAAAAGUUUCAUCAAAAUUGAAUACCAGCACCUUUGACGUGAUAUCAAAAUUAGUCCCUAGCAUUUUUGGUAAUUCAGAUAAUUUUCUACAUCAUUUAGAAAUGAAUACUGAGAUAUUUAAUGAUUUUUUAUGUUACCAAAAUAAUAAAUGUAUUCAGGCUGUGGUGGAGACUCUAGUUAUAGAUGAAUUGCAUUCUUUACAAAAAGAGCCUACUAUUAUUAGUCCUUGGUCUUUUCAAGAAGAAGGCUUCAUUUUACAAGGAGAAAGAUUGUAUGAUUUCUUGAGAAAAAACAAUAUUUUAAUUGAUUCUUACUUUUCUGAUCCUUCUGCUUCAACUUUUAUAAAUGCAAUGUUGAUAUGUCAUGGUAUUUUACUAUCAGAAAAAGAAAACCAUCAAGAAGUAAUGGUAAAUAGAUUUGCUAAAGCAUACACAAACUAUACCACGGAUAAAAAUACAAUAGCCAAUCAGAAUAACAUGUUCACAGCUCUGGCAAAGGGAGAACUUGAAACCGUGGAAAGAUGUAUUAAAAAAGGAGCAGAUAUUAAUGGCAAAAAUUGUAAUUUGUGGUCUUCAUUGCAUUUUGCAGCACAAGGAGGUAGUGUUGAGGCAAUAAAAUAUCUUUUGGAUCAAAAGAUGGGUGUUAAUGUUAAGGACAUUAAUGGUCAAAAUCCAUUACACACAGCUGUUAAGUGUGGUAGAAAAAAUAUUGUCGAGUACUUAAUUAAUGAAACCAAUAUCAGCAUCAAUGAAACCGAUAAUAUGGGUAAAACCCCAUUUUUGUUUGCAAUUCAGAAUGGUUGUGAAGAUAUUGUUUUAUGGUUAUUGAAAAGUGGAAUUGAAUUUAAUACAUUCAGCUCUGACAUAAAACCUUCAAUUUGUAAAAUAUUCUGCGACAGCAGUGUACAGGUAUUAUCUGAUCAGGAAAGUGAAUUCAAUUAUAAUGCAGUGGAUAUUUUUAUCUCAUUAUAUUCUGCUGCUGGAAGUGGGUGUGCUAAGUUAAUGGAUGGUUUAUUGGCAAAUAAAUUUAACAUUAAAAUAAAGCAUCAUAUUCUUGGAACUCCAUUACAUAUAGCUGCAGAGAAAGGCUUUGUACAAGCUGUGAAGUAUUUGAUUUCCAAAGGCUUUUCUGUUCAUGAUCAAAAUGGAGAAGAUUGUACUCCAUUACACUUGGCAGUUAAGAAUGGUCAUGAACAAGUUGUUAGAUUAUUGUUAGAAGAAGGAAGCAAUGUAAAUAUGACAGAAAAAAUAUUGAAUUACACACCCUUAAGAUAUGCUGUUCAAGGAGGUUACGUACAGAUUAUAAAACUUUUAUUGGAAAAAGGAGCUGGAAUGAAUGACAUGUGUCGGGAAGGUAGGUCUUCCUUUCAUUCUGCUGUCCUAAAAGGAAAUAUGAACUCCAUGCAUGUUCUAAUAAAAAAUGGGGCAUCUGUGAAUGCAGCAAGUAAGAAUGGUAGUACUGGAUUACAUCUCAGUGCUGUGAAAGAUAACAAAGAAAUUGUUACAUUUUUGAUUAGAAAUGGAGGAAAUGUUAAUGCUCAAAAUGAGAAGAAUCAAACUGUUCUACAUGUAGCUUCAGAAAACGAUUGUCAGGAGAUCUGUAGGAUUUUAAUGUCUGAAGGUGGGAAUGUAAAUGCCAAAGACAUGCAAGGUUUUACACCACUGCAUUUAAGUUGUAGGAGAGGUCACAUCAAUACGAUACGUCUUUUACUGGAGAAAGGAGCCGAUGUUAAUGCAAGGGACAAACAUGAAAGAACAUCUCUGCACAUUGUAGCAUUGUAUGAUGUAUGUAAUGCUAUUGAGAUUUUAACAGAAAAAGGGAUUAAUAUCAAUUGCAGAGAUAAAGAUGGCUUUACUGCAUUACAUUUGGCAUCUUUGAAAGGAAACGUGAAAAGUGUUGAAAAAUUAAUAAGCAAAAAGGCUAAUGUAAACGCAAUUGACUUUAAAGAUGUAUCUCCUUUACAUCUAGCAGUCCAAGCCAAUCAUAUCAAUGUUGUUAAAAUAUUGAUUCAAAGUGGCUCUUUUAUUGAUGCUAAAGUAACAAUAAAUAAUAAUUCAUGUCUUAACAAAGGAGCAACAAAUUGGGUAGAAAAGUUUCAAAAAGAGUUGCUUGAGGUAAUGGUGAAAGAUGUUCCAGAAUUGCAAACUAUUUUUCUAAAAAGGUAUGGGAAUAAAUGGACAGAAGAUACCAGGGUGUUGACUCCUUUAUACCUUGCAGAGUUCAAUAAUAAUUCUGCCAUUACAUCCCUGUUGUUAUCCAAAGGAGCUAAAAUUUGGGUUAGAGGAAGUUUAUGCUUAAUGACUUCAACAUAUUUUGGAUACAAACAAAUUGUUAAAAUAAUAUUGGAAAAAUCCAGAAAUCAAAUAGCACCUAAGAAUGAAACUCCCAACUUUUUAUUUGUGGCUUCUUUUAAAGGACAUGUUGAAAUAGUAAAACUGUUGCUGUCUAUGGGGUUCAGUAAGCCUUCUUCAACACUAUUAUGUUCUCCACUUUAUGCUGCUGCUGAAAGAGGUCAUUAUGAAAUAGUUAAACUUUUGUUAGAUAAGAAUGCCAAUGCAAAUUUAAUUGAUAGUUUUGGAACCACCCCAUUGCAUCGAGCAGCUGCUUUAGGUCACAAAAAAAUUGUUGAACUUUUUUUGGAAAGCAAAAUGGUUCCUGCACACUCAAGAGAUUUGGUGAACACUACUCCUCUGGAGCAAGCAGCGGCUACGGGUCAUGUAGAAAUAGCAGAAAUGUUAUUGAAAGAAAGAAAAGUAAAAAUCAAUGAAAAAGGGAAAGAUGAUUACACUGUACUCCAUAUUGCAGCCCAGGAGGGGCAUUUGGAUAUGGUAAAAUUUUUAGUGAGCAAAGGAGCUAAUGUUACAGCAAGUAACUCAAAGGGUUCAAACCCAAUUCAUGUAGCAGCAAGAGAGGGCCAUGUAAAAACUGUACAAUUUUUCCUAAACAUAGGACUGGAUAUAAAUAUUCGUGGUCAUUGUGAACAAACAUGUCUACAUUAUGCUGUGCAAGCAGGGCAAAUCCUAACUGUGAAUUUUUUAUUACAACAAAACAUUGAUGUUAAUGUAGCUGAUACGUAUGGAAUGACUGCUUUGCAUAUGGCUGUAAUCAUGUGUCACAAGAAUUUGGUGAAGGUUUUAUUGGAGCAUGGAGCGUACUAUAAUGUUGUAGAUAAAAUAAAUAAAGCAACCCCCUUGCAAAUGGCUCGUAAUGAAGAUAUGUGUAAUAUAUUUUUGGCCGUUGAAAAGUUGUUUAGAGCUGUGAAAAUUGAUUCACUUCGUCUCGUGGAAGAAAGUAUUCAGGAUGGAGUUGUCAUAAAUGCUAAAAACAAAGAUAAUGUCACUGCUUUGCUUUUUGCUGCUUGGAAAGGUUAUUCAAAUAUAGUGGAUAUUUUGCUAAGCAAUUCUGCAAACCCUAAUAUUUCUGGAAAAGGUGGUUGUUCACCUUUGCAUUACGCAACUAAGUUCUCACAUCUGAAGAUUGUAAAAACAUUACUGGCUAAUGGGGCUGUGUAUAAUUUUAAAAACAAAGAACAGAAAACCCCUUUAGACUUUGCUAUAAACCAAGAUAUCACACAUUUGUUAACCCUUGUUGAUAAGUUGUUUUCAUAUGCUGAGAAUGGAAAUGUGAAACUCAUUUCAGAACUGAAAAUGGUUCAUGAGGUAGAUACUAUGAAGGCAAUUUUAAAUGCUUGUAAUGAAAGAAAAGAAAUAAUAAUAGACUGUGCAAAUCGUAAUGAAUACCCAUUCAAUGAUGAACUACAAAAAAUAUGUAAAACAUCUGUUUCAAUGAAUUUAGCUAAGAAGUUUUUUGCAAGUAAAAAGUAUGAAGAGGGAUUAAAUAUAUUGUUUAAUAGGUAG